UUUACGAGUUCUGUCGUGGACCCAAUACAGCGUAGACAACUCGAAAUAUCAACCAAGUAUUUGGCGAAGAUGUGGCUAAUGAACGCACAAUACGUCGAAUACGGUUUGAAAAGUUUCGUUCUAGAAAUUUUAAUCUUGAAAAUGAGUCGCGUGGGCGAUCCGAGACCAAGGUGGAUAAUGAUGAGCUGAAAGCUGUGGUGGAAGCGGAUACAUCCCAAACUACGCGUGAAUUAACAGCAAGGUUUAACGUUACUAUACCAAAAGUAUUGGAUCAUUUGAAACAAAUCGGCAAGUGGAUAUUUUCGACAAUCGCAAGCGUUCGAUACAACGGUUGGAUAUAGAUGAAGUUGAAACACAAUCUGAAACUGAAUAUUCACAAAAGAAAGCUAAUGGUGUCUGGUCGGUGUUCGGUGGUCCAGUGCUGGUAUUAUCAAAUGCAGCUUCGUGAAACCUGGUUAAUAUCGAUCAGUAUAGCUGAUGUCUCUUGUAACCAACUGGACGAAAUAAUGAGGAUACUUGCGAUCAAGCAGCCGAGGUACUGGACCACUUCUUGCAAGGAAAAAUAUUCAGUUCUCAACAAGCUGUGGAAAACGCCUUCCGCGAUCUCAACGUCACCCACUUUCCGGGCUUCUUCGUUGCUGGCAUAAAUAAGCUAGCGUUAAAACGGCGAAACUGUGUCGAUAGUUAGGCGCAUAUUUUGAUUAGUUGUAUU